AGGGCUCAUUCAUCCAACCCUUCUUAUAUUACAUCUUCUUCCGAGUAAAGAUGAAGUUGAAGCCUUUCUUUUUUCUGGGUCUUCUUUUCACUCUUGUGCUUUUCACUUCCGCAGGUGAAACAGUGGACACAGAAGGGAAUAAGAAAAAUGACGCCGAUGGAUACAGCAGUGAAGCUGAGGUAGAAGAAAGAUCAAAGCAGGAAAAUGAUGUGAAGGAGAAUACUGGAGGUGGUGGUGGAGUGGGCCCCAAUGUGUAUGGAGAUGGUGGGCCAGGAGGAGGUGGUUAUGGAGGUGGUGGGCCCGGAAGAGGUGGCUAUGGAGGUGGUGGGCCUGGCGGUGGUGGGCCUGGCGGAGGUGGCUAUGGUGGGGGUGGACCUGGACGUGGUGGGCCCGGAGGAGGUGGCUACGGUUGGGGUGGACCUGGAAGUGGUGGAUAUGGUGGUGGUUGCAGACACGGUUGUUGCUAUGGCGGUUUUGGAGGAGGUUGCUACAGGUGCUGCACUGCUGCUGAGGCAGCUAGCAAAGAGGAGAAUGAAAGCAAACCAUAAGAACAACUGAACAAGGAUAUAUCUAGCUAAAUAUCAAUAGCUAUAUAAUAUAGUAUUAAUUAUAAAUAAGAAACAUAAAGCGGUAGGAAAACUCCAAAGUCAACUUAAUUAACCCCCUAGAACAUGGUACCCCUUGUAGCUUUUCUGAAAGCUCCAGUACUUGUGAAUUUCACUGAGCAAUAAAAAUUUCUCUCAUGC